UUCCCCAAAAUUUUUUUUCUCCGGUAUUUUUAGUUCCAUUCGCGUUUUUCCCCAUUUUCUUAAUUUUCUAUACGUUAUUUCUGCCAACAGAUAAUUUCAUCACACGCAUUUUUUUCUACUCGUUAUUUUUGCUACACGCAUCUUUACCAAUGCAAUUUUUCACCAAUCUGUUUUAUUCACAUGCGUAUGCUUUACCCGUAGAAUAUAUCUCCACUGGUUUAUUUUUGUCACACGUUUUAAUAUCUAAUCUUUUUUUUCGCUAGACGCAUCUUUACCAUGUUUUAACAUGAAUACUAAGCAGGCGGGGUCCUUAGAACUACUAGAACUAUUAGUCUGUACGGAAAGAGAAGAGUCGUGGAAUGUAUGGGGCCCAAUACAUUCCACGACUUUUCUCUGUCUGAACAGACUCUAGGUAUAAGUAUAGAUGGGUGAUGAUAAUAACAUUAAUAAGCACUAGAAAUAAACCUCUUUAGAUAGGUAACGAGUUCUAUUACCUCACCGUCAUUAUCUGGACAACGUCAAUGUCAAUGUGUUUCGUGUUUCAGGUUUUAAUGAAUAUUGGUAAUAAAUUGUUUUAUGAAUAUUGGUAUUAAAUAGACAAGAAAAAUAUGAUGGAUCCGAGUGAUGAAACCCAUGGGCGAUCGUCAGGACCAUGUGCAUUUACUUUUUUGGAAAGUACUCAUGGGGGGCGUAUAUUAAUACAAGGUGGAUAUCGCCAUUAUUUUAAACGAACCAAUAAAUUGUCAGGUUCCUCCGUGUGGAAUUGCCAUAAAAAGAAUUCGUGCAAGGGAUUUGUAGUUAUAAAUGCAACAGAAACGAGCAUUUUGCGAGAUAACAACCAUUCUUGUGUGCCGGAUUACGAGUCUAUCGAUAUUGAAAAAGAAAUUAUAGAGUUAAAAAAAAAAGUUACUACUGAUUACAAGCCCAUCCCUACACUGUAUAAACAGCAUAUGAAACAAUUCAUGCGUGAGGAAUAUGCUGACAAAUUACCACCGUUUCAUACUGUUAGGGAUGCUUUGUACAAAGCACGCCAGAAGUUGGCAAGAACGUCGAAGUUCGAGACAUUCGAAGAUGUGGCCAUACCUAUACAUCUCUCUGAAAACUUUGUGUGCGUUCACGACUGUGACAUUAUAAUUUUUAUAACAGAUGAGUGCAAGCAGUGGAUAGCUGGGUUAAAAACCUUUUUUAUAGAUGGAACUUUUAAAAUAGUGCCUGAGCCGUUCAUUCAGUUGUACACGAUACAUGGCGACAUAGGUUCCGACGAAAAUUGCACGAAGGUAGUUCCCUGCGUAUAUGCGUUGCUACCUAACAAGCGGCAAACCACGUACGAACGAAUGUUUCAACUCAUAAAAGAAAAUAUACCUAGUUUUGAACCUGAUCAUAUAAAAAUUGAUUUUGAAAUAGCAGCUGCUAAUGCGAUUAAAUGUUUAUACCCGACAGCUAAAAUAAGUGGUUGUUUCUUUCAUUAUAAGCAGGCCGUGUACACCAAUGCUGAUUCACUUGGAGCAACCAGUACACGUGAAGGCUGCAGCCAUGUCGCAAAAUGUGCCGCGAUAGCACACCUGCCUGCAAUGAAAAUUCACGAAGCGUGGAUAUCGAUUCUGGAAAUGUCACCCCGAACAGACGAGAUCCUAAGUUUUAAUGACUAUAUGUUAAAACAAUGGGUAAAAGUUGAUAUGAUCCACAUGGUGUCUUGUUAUGGCCACCGCCACAGGACAAAUAAUGUAGUUGAAAGCUGGCACAGAAAGAUGAAUAAUCGGAUUCAUAACAACUCCAGCCUAUUGUUUUUUAUAUCGCAAUUAAAAGAAGAAGCAGUCGAAGUUAAUUUUGUAAACAUGCAAAAUGAAAUGCGAUCUGAUGUUUUCCGAAAACGAAAUAGAAUGUAUAUUUCGAUGGACAGAAAAAUAGAGGGAAUUGUAAAUAAUUACCUCAUGGGAUCCACCAACAUAGAAAAAUGUGUAAGGCUACUAUCAGUACUCAAAUAUAAGUAAAACUUAUAACACACACAUUAACAUUUAGAAAAUAUUAUUAUAAUUUUUAUGUUUGUAUUAUAAUAAGAACGA